CAAUUAUUUUUUGUUUCUUUUUUAUUUUCGUCUGGCGUUAAGUAGGGAACGAAAACCGAAUCUGAGGAUUUAAUAUUUGCAUUUUUCGCAGGGAAUUGCGCGCAUGAGUUUCAUGAAUUGUUGCAUAACCUCGUACUGCCCCGGCAUUAAAGGCUACUGGGAGAUUGUCAUCCAGCUGAAACGGACGCAGACGCGCAUGUGCUGAUGCGUUUGGCACCGAUGUGUCGUCAGUUCGUUGGAUGUUGACGCAGCGUUCUCCAGAAGGUGUGUGUCACCGCACGCGCGCUCGUCCACCAUCUGUGCGCGCGCCCCUCCCUGUGUGACUCGCAGCAUCACCGGAGCCCAGCGGAUGCUGCUGUGAAGAAUAUAUUUAUGCUUCACGACCAGAGGAAGAGGAAGAGAGAGAGGAAGAGGCAGGCGUGAUAUCUGAAUGCGUAAUUAUCGGUGGGAUGAUCUGAUGCGUGAGCUUCCGUGAACGCGGUCCCGUGUGGAGACAUUUUCUCCCAACAAGCUGUUGAAUUUUAGGUGUUGCCUGCAGCUGAGGUCGAUGUGAAAACGCGUCUUUCUCCGGUGGAUUUUUCCAAGGGCACCGAAAUGCGGCAGCGAUGAGCUGCGAGCGAGUCGGUUUGAGUUGUCAGAGUCACAUCCAGGGUUCGAGCUCUCCUCACUUUGGUCCACUGCCUGAUUUUUUUUGUUUUUUUUGUUUUUGUUUUUUUUUUUGGUGGGGGGAUGCGACGUCAUGAGCCUGAUCUCGUCUGACAGAUGUGUUGCAGCUGCACAGGCACAGAUCGUCCGAUCCGACGAGUUGUUUUAACUAUGAUUCUGUAAGAGGAGGAAGCCGGGAGAAAAGCGUCUUUCAACAUCAAUGUUCGAUCCCCUCCUUAGCGCACGGACGGAUCGCAUCCUUCAUUUCAUUUUCGGCUCUGCAUAAGAUGAUACCUGGAUCUGCCGCAUCAAUGCUACCGUCUGCAGAAGCCGCGAAACUCUACCAGACCAAUUACGUCCGCAACUCGCGUGUCAUCGGUCUCCUGUGGGCCAUUUUCACGAUCCUGUUCGGCAUCGUUAACGUGACCAUUUUCUCGCAGCCCUAUUGGAUCGGGGAUGGCGUGGACACCCCGCAGGCUGGCUACUUCGGCCUGUUUCACUUUUGCGUCGGGGACGGGAUCUCCAGGGAGCUGGACUGCCAGGGCAGCUUCACCGAGUUCGCCGCCAUCCCCUCCCGCGCGUUCAAGGCCGCCUCCUUCUUCAUUGGAAUGUCAAUGAUGUUGGUGGUCACCUGCAUCGGCUGCUUCAGCCUCUUCUUCCUCCUCAGCACCUCCACCGUGUACAAAAUCUGCGGCUGGAUGCAAGCAGCAUCAGGUGUCUGUCUGGUGCUGGGUUGUAUGGUCUAUCCUGAUGGCUGGGACAGCGAUGAAGUGCGGAAGAUGUGCGGAGAGCAGACGGACAAAUACAGCCUGGGAGCUUGUUCAAUGCGCUGGGCUUACAUCUUGGCAAUCAUGGGCAUCCUGGACGCGCUCAUCCUCUCCUUCCUGGCCUUCGUCCUGGGGAACCGGCAGGACGGACUCAUGACAGAGGAGCUGCUGGCUGAGAGCAAGGAAGGAGGAAAUGCCUAAUUGAUGUUUAGGUUUGCUUCUUUCCGACUGUCCGAUCCUCUUCUGCACCAGUCGUUCAACAACCUUUUUCAGGAAAGCAGACAGAGGCAACGGUGAAUUGGAAAACAACCUACCAUCCACCCCGCUCCCCUUCAUUGUUUCCAGCACUUAGACGGAGCCCAGAGCACCGUUUGUCAUCUAAGGACUUAACCCUUGCACACCAAUGCACAGACCAUGGCAAGGGCAGAGACUGUUAUUCUGUGGAGAAGAACAGCAUUCAUAUGGGAUAUCCUUUAUCCAACUACCUGAGACAUUGAAGCUCUUUCUGCAUAACCACACAUGUUCCAACUCUCACACCAGUCUGUACACAAAUGUAAUUAGAAGUAUUAACCUAUGUUAACACCAAAAUGUGUGUGUCACUGUCAGAAUGAGUAUUAUGUUUCAUUUGUGAAAAGAAGAAGAAAAAAAUAAACAAUUAUAUCGGAUUAAUCUGUAGUGUUUAGGUUAAACAAAGUUAAGGUUUUACUUUACUCUCUCUCUCUCUCUCUCUCAUAUGCUACUUUAUUUCCCUGAAAAAGAUAUUUAAAACUGUUUUGUAGUGAUAUUAUCAUAUGACAGAGACAAUUACAAAGUGUGUACAGAGAAUAUUUAAAAGUGAUCUAUAAGGAUUUUAACUGAACCUGUUCUACACCUUAUCUACUACCCAACUUUGCACAGUGCUCAAGUUUGAGAGGGGCGUUAAUAUUUUGUUGUUAGUGUAUCUACACUGUGAAAGUGGCUAUCUGAACUGCCAGCUGCAGGACUUCUAGCUGCUAAAUGAGUUUGACUGUAUGUGUGUGUUUGAUGAGAGCAUGCACGUACACACAGCAUCGCUGUAAGUGUGUUAUGAGUGUAAUAGUUUGCCAACCUCACACGCAGUUAGCAGUCCUCUUGUGUAUCUUAUAUCUGUCUUUGUCUCUAGGUGAGUCUUUCUUUAAUGACCUUGCUCUGUUUGUUUCGUUGGGACGUACAGGGUAAUGAGAUGGAGCGACAGGCGUGGCUGACAUCUGAACUCAAGUCGAGAUGAACUUUUGAAGCCUGUCCCAGCCUCACUCAUGCAUAUGUUAUUGUGUAAAUAAAUAUUCUGUAGAUAUUGAUAAAUCAGUAAAUUAGAGCAACUAAAGAGAUUCCUUUAAGAUUAUGAACACUUAAUAAAGGUUUUCACUGUAAGUCUCUGCUGUGCUUUAUGCCUAUCUAAACAUAAAGGAGGGUUAGUUUUUUAAAUUAAAUCGACAUUACAGUCCUGGCAACCAGUGCUAAAAAUAUAUACAGAUUAGGGAAAAAUGAAGAGCCCACUGCUCUAAACCCCAUUAAAACCCUGCUGGUUAUUCUACCAAAUACUGGUUUCUGAACUGUUAAAACAUUAGUAUUGUUGUUUCUAAAUGAGCAUGAACUUGGUUUUUCUGCAUCAUUUGAGGUCUGAAAGCUCUGCAUCUUUUUUGUUAUUUUGACCAUUUCUCAUUUUCUGCUAAUAAAUACAAGAUGUUUGCUUGGCAUUUCAGAGACAUGUUGUCAGUAGUUCAUAAAAUAAAAGAACAAUGUUCAUUUUACUCAAACAUAUACCUAUAAAAAGUAAAAUAAGAGAAAGUGGUCAUUUUGCAGUUGUCUCUUAUUUUUUUCCAGAGCUGCAUGCAUAUGAAAUACACAUCCUUAACACAAGUCUAAAAAAUGUAGAAAACAUAUUUGUGUUUGUGUGUGCAUAUUUGCUUUGACAUCAUUUGUUGUGUUUUAUUACCUUCAUAUUCUAAUAGACUACUUAAAAGUAGUUCAACCUACAUAAAUUAACUUCCUGGUGCCAUAUUUAAUUCCUAACAGGAAGUUGUGAUUGUUUUGCAGGAUUCUGAUUGUUUAACGUAGGUGCACUACACUGCCCUCUAUGGGUUUGGCAUGUUUAAAACAAUGAUCACCUGCGUUCUUAUGUGGAUUUAUUCAUUUUUUACACAAUGUGGCAGAGAUAUUGUGUAACCAGAUGCAUAACUACCUGGUUACGUGUGGACAUAGCCUAAGAUUUGGCAUUUUUGCAAACUCACUCCAUGUAGUUGUGGUGGGAAUCAAAGUGUGAAUAUUUUUUUAAGUAUGGAGGAGAAUCUGUGAUGCUAUGAGCACAUUUCUCUUUUCAGGGUGAGAUUAUUUUUCUGGAUUAAUACAAACUUAUUUUAACACACAUUUACCCGGUGUAAUGUUAAAUAGGCACUUUUUAUUGUGGCCAUAUAUAACACAACACAUGGCAAAAAAAAACUCAGCAGAGAAAACAUCACUUUAGCUGAAAUAACAUGAAAACCCUAAAGAGAGUGUUGGCAAAAAGGUUCCUCACAACCAGUAUCGAUGCUAUUAAAUAGAAACUCUUUGUCAUAAAUGUACAUAUUUG